AAGCGGAGCCCUGUGGAAUAAGUCGUUGAACCUUCAACAUCCUGCCGCUGUUGUGUUCGUCUACACCGUGUGACUCACGUUUCCACGCCAGGUCCGGGUCAAGUAAUCUUUUGUGCAGCAGCAGGAGUCGGUCUCUAAACCAUGCAGCCAGAGGACUUGGCGACUCCUGCUGCAUACCUUACCACUAGCAGAGGGGAAAAGAGAGACGUUCUUUGUUACACACUGUUGGCUAAAGGUGCGCCGCCACCUUUUUGUUUUUCACUGAUCCUUCAUGCAUGCUGCAGCCAGAUCUUUGUUUGGAGACAGCACUUCUCAGGAAGUGUUCAGGUAUUUGCUCGGCUGUGCGCAGACCAAGGAUCAGUAUGAUGUCAUCGACAAGCACACGCAGUCCGGCAUCGACCUGGUGGAGCGCUACGUAAAGUUUGUGAAGGAACGGUCGGAGAUAGAACAGAGCUAUACAAAGCAGCUCAGGAAUCUAACAAAGAAAUAUGCCAGGCGAGGGAGCAAGGAAGACCAAGACUCCAAGUUCAGCAAUCACGCAUCAUUCCAGGAGAUCUUGAUCGAGCUGAACGAUUACACUGGUCAGCGGGAGCUCGUCGCUGAAAACAUGAUGACGGAAAUUUGUGCGGAGCUCACUAAGUUCCUUCAGGAUGUCAAGCAGGAACGCAAAACUCACCUGGCCGAUGCCAGGAAGGCCCAGCAGACUUUAGAGGGCAGCUUUAAACACCUAGAAAGUAUUAAGAAACGCUUUGCCAAGGAGUGGGCGGAAGCUGAAAAAGCCACACAACAAGCAGAGAAAAUAGAGAAUGACCUCAAUGCCACCAAGCCUGAUGUCGACAAAGUGAAACAGCACGCGUUUGCCCGCUUACACACGGCAGAGGAGUGCAGGAACGACUACGCAGCACAGCUCCAGAAAUACAACAAAGAACAAAACUUCUUCUACUACACAGAGAUACCACAAAUCUUCAAUAAACUGCAGGACUUGGAUGAGCGGAGGAUCCGGCGGCUGGCGGAGGGCUACUGUCAGUUUUCUGACAUUGAGAAGAAGGUGCUGCCCAUCAUCUCAAAGUGUCUAGAGGGCAUCUCUGCAACAGGGGCAAAAAUUAAUGAGAAACAGGACUCAGCACUCUUGAUAGAGCAGCACAAGUCUGGUUUUGAGCGACCUGGAGAUGUGGAAUUUGAAGACUACUCUCAGGGAAACAAAUCAGCAACCUAUGACUCCAACCUCAACCUACCUAAAGGGCGCCCAAAGCUCUGGCCUUUCAGCAAGAAGCAAAAGUUGCCUGUUGCAGAGGACUUCUCUCACCUUCCUCCAGAGCAGAGGAAGAAGAAGCUGCAGGCGAAGAUUGAUGAAAACACCAAAGAGCUGCUGAAGGCACAGGACCAAGGUGGCGCACUGCAGAAGAUGAAGGGUGUGUACGAGAAGAAUCCACAGAUGGGAGACCCAUCCAGUCUGGAACCUCAGAUCACAGAAACAGCCCAGAACAUAGGGCGCCUGAGGGCAGACCUCGCCAAAUAUGAGACGUGGCUGUCAGAAGCAGUGGGAGGAGAAGACUCUUCAAACACCAUCAACAAUAAUAAACAAUAUGUUGUUGUAGCAAAUGACCGGUCUGAGGACAUCUACACGGACCUUGACAAUGAGUUUGACGACAUAGACAGUCCCGUUGGCCAUUGCACGGCUCUCUACACCUUUGAAGGCAACAGCGAGGGCACCAUUUCCAUUACGGAGGGAGAGCUGUUAAGUAUAAUGGAGGAGGAUAAAGGAGAUGGAUGGAUGAGAGUUCUUAGAGCCAAUGGAGACGAGGGCUAUAUACCUUCAUCAUAUGUCAAACUCGCCCCGCAACACACACACACACACACACACACACACACACACACACACACACUCGCAGUCGGAGCUUGUACAGAAAGUUAAGAGCCAAAGGUGAAUACAAAGUCAUCCAUGGUAAUUGGAGCAGUUCUCCACAUCUUUUAUCUCAACCAGUGAUGUGUACAGUGAGAUGAAAGUGAAUGAUUGCAAAGCUUGUUAUCAAGGCCGAUUGCGAUAUCAUACAUCCCCUGUCUGCUCACGGCGGCGGGAGAGGUCGUCUUUAAAUGCAGACUGUCACUCCUGUCUGAUCUUUAGAGAUUGCAGCUCUUUGAAAAACAAACUUUUGAAUGUAUACCUGAACUUCUUGUCACAGCGUGAUGACUCACCCGUGACAACAUAUUCUGCGUCGUAGCAGCCUAAUGCUGCGUUUCAUUGUCAGUCUAUCUGCCCACUU